GAAAUCGAGGCGAAGAACGGCUUACCCUCAGCAGAUCGUAACAACAAGGCUACUCUACUGAUUACAGGACCGUUUCGCACAGCUAAGUCGUCUGCAAAGGAUUUAAUCCAGCUCAUGUUGAAAUUACAAUACGCAAAAUACCGCGGCUUAGAGGCAGGGGCGUGA